GCGCACACUCUCUCUCUCUCCCUUGCAAUGCAAAGGGCAUAAUUUCUCACAGAAAACGCAACCGACACGUCCCUGAUCGGCCGGGACCGCCACGCCAGGAUCGACCUAGAGAGGCCGCAAUCGGACCCGGAGGAGGCCGCCGGAGAUGGGGAAGAAGCGGAAGUCCAUCGCCACGAGCCUCGACGAAGUGGAUCGAACCAUGUACGCCUCGUUCUGCAGCGCCGCGAACUCCCUCUCGCAGCUCUACACUCAGGCCAUGAACCACCAGAAGCUCUCCUUCCAGGCCGGCGAACGACACGGCCUCGAAAAACUUUAUCAGUGGUUACUGAGGCAGCAAGAAGGGGGAGCUAGGGUAUCAACUAGCGAUGUACUUAACUAUAUUCAGAAUGAGCUGGACUAUCCUGGAGAGGAGCCAUUAGUGUCUCCAAGGGCACCACAGCAUCAACAAUUGCAUCCUGUAGUUCAUUUUACGGGCUCAGGCUUAGGAGUUUCCUCGGCCUCUUCAGGCCCAGUAGCAGGGCAGGGACCUCGUUUUGAGCACUAUGAUCAGCCCAAGAACUCAGUGGUAUUCGCAAACGCCUUGUCCAGCCCCAUUCGUAGGAGCCUCCAGCCCUAUCACGUGGCUCAGGGAGGAUACUACCCUAGCAAUGGAGCACAAUUUGGAAAUGGAUCUCGGAACAAUGACCCUAACUUCUUCCAUAACCAGAAUAGGGACUCCAAUCCUCUCAGUUCUAGUGAUUCUGCAAUGGACAUGCAUGCAGACAGCCCAGCGCAUGAAUCCACUUAAAUGAUGAUCGCCGGGUAGCCUGUUUCACAACCCCGUCCCGUGAUCUGAUCAACGGAGUCGCUGGAGAGUGCGAAUUUGAAGUUAGUCAGUUUGAUUGCGGUUCCUUGUGAGGCAAAGAAAGGAGAGGAUCAAACCAUUACUUAGGCACAAGAAUAAGCACAUGAUGCUUGUCCAGAUCACCCCACCAAAGUGAGUAGAAGCCUUAGUGAUUGAUGCAUUAGCAUGUCGUCUUCUCAUUUCUAAGGUGUGUCAUCCCAAUAGCCAUGAAACUAUCAGCUGAUCCUUUGUACUCUUGUCCCAAUUGAAUUCUUUAAGUUUCGGUUUAUAUCGUAUACAGCUUUUCAGAAAGAACCUGAAGAAGGUUUACCUUAUGGUACUGCUUUUUGUUUUUGUUUAGCUAUCUACCAUUUGUACUUAGUGGGAAGCUUGACUUGGGAAUCAUGCUGUAAAUUUAUUAUAUUCAGUAUAUACGUCUGAAUCAUUGCAUAGUGUCA